AGUGCUCUGAACAUUUUCUAAUUCUGCUUCUAAGGUUUCACAGGAGAGGUCUGAUUACUAAUACAGCCUUUGCCUGAAUUUAUCCAGCCUACUAACUAGUUCAGCUCUAUAGUGUUUCUGGAACAUAUAAUAUGCACUAAACAAAUGUGUAUUUAAUGAGAGAGAAUUCAAUUAAUAUAUCUAACUCAAGUGAAACUUCUGUCAUAGUGAAAGAUCAUGGAAUUGAAGCAAUAAAUUGAAAAGCGAUGCUGUGGCAUAUUCUCUAUAGAAAAAAAAACCUAAUAGAUGUGCAACGUGAGCUCAAAUUAAUUUGAGAAGAUGACUGCAUUAAUAGCCAGUGGAUGUGGAUUCUUUGGGCCACAAUGGCCAUUUGAUGAUAUCCCAAAGGCAGUCACAAGGAAAGUUAAAGGAGGAAAUAUUGAUGUACAUCCAUCUGAAAAAGCACUUAUUGUUCAAUAUGAAGUGGAAGCUACCAUUCUUGGAGAAACGGGAGAUCCCAUGUUGGGAGAACGAAAGGAAUGCCAAAAAAUCAUCCGUCUUAAGAGUCUCAAUGCCAACACAGAUAUCACUUCCCUGGCACGGAAAGUGGUUGAGGAAUGUAAACUCAUUCAUCCCUCAAAGCUAAAUGAAGUAGAACAGCUGUUGUACUAUCUCCAGAACCGCCGUGAUUCAGUGUCAGGAAAAGAAAAAAAAGAGAAGUCAAGCAAACCUAAAGAUCCACCUCCUUUUGAAGGAAUGGAGAUUGAUGAAGUUGCUAACAUUAAUGACAUGGAUGAGUACAUUGAGUUAUUAUAUGAAGAUAUUCCUGACAAGGUUCGGGGUUCUGCUUUGAUUCUACAGCUUGCUCGAAAUCCUGAUAACUUGGAAGAACUACUAUUGAAUGAUACUGCCCUCGGUGCAUUAGCAAGAGUCCUGAGAGAAGACUGGAAACAAAGUGUUGAGUUAGCUACAAACAUAAUAUACAUCUUCUUUUGCUUUUCCAGCUUUUCUCAGUUUCAUGGACUGAUCACUCACUAUAAAAUUGGAGCUCUGUGUAUGAAUAUCAUUGAUCAUGAAUUAAAAAGACAUGAGCUUUGGCAAGAAGAACUUUCUAAGAAGAAGAAAGCUGUUGAUGAAGACCCUGAAAACCAAACCUUGAGAAAAGAUUAUGAAAAAACAUUUAAAAAAUACCAAGGGCUUGUGGUAAAACAAGAACAGCUGUUACGAGUUGCUCUUUAUUUGCUUCUGAAUCUUGCUGAGGAUACACGUACAGAGCUGAAGAUGAGGAACAAGAACAUAGUUCACAUGCUGGUGAAAGCUCUUGAUCGGGACAAUUUUGAGCUGCUUAUUCUAGUUGUAUCAUUUUUGAAGAAACUCAGCAUUUUUAUGGAGAAUAAAAAUGACAUGGUGGAAAUGGAUAUUGUUGAAAAACUGGUAAAAAUGAUACCUUGUGAGCAUGAAGAUCUGCUAAAUAUCACCCUCCGACUUCUACUAAACCUGUCCUUUGACACAGGACUGAGGAAUAAGAUGGUACAAGUUGGACUGCUUCCCAAACUCACUGCGCUCUUAGGCAAUGAAAACUAUAAACAAAUAGCAAUGUGUGUUCUUUACCAUAUAAGCAUGGAUGAUCGCUUUAAAUCAAUGUUUGCAUAUACUGACUGCAUACCACAGUUAAUGAAGAUGCUCUUCGAGUGUUCAGAUGAACGAAUUGACUUGGAACUCAUUUCUUUCUGCAUUAAUCUUGCUGCUAACAAAAGGAAUGUACAGCUUAUCUGUGAAGGAAACGGGCUGAAGAUGCUCAUGAAGAGGGCUCUGAAGUUCAAGGAUCCAUUGCUGAUGAAAAUGAUUAGGAACAUUUCCCAGCAUGAUGGACCAACUAAAAAUUUAUUUAUUGAUUAUGUUGGGGACCUUGCUGCUCAGAUCUCUAAUGAUGAAGAGGAGGAGUUUGUGAUUGAAUGUUUAGGAACUCUUGCAAAUUUGACCAUUCCAGACUUAGACUGGGAAUUGGUUCUUAAGGAGUAUAAGCUGGUUCCAUACCUCAAGGAUAAACUAAAACCAGGUGCUGCAGAAGAUGACCUUGUUUUAGAAGUGGUUAUAAUGAUUGGAACUGUAUCUAUGGAUGACUCUUGUGCUGCAUUGCUAGCCAAAUCUGGGAUUAUCCCUGCACUCAUUGAGUUGCUAAAUGCUCAACAAGAAGAUGAUGAAUUUGUGUGUCAGAUAAUUUAUGUCUUCUACCAAAUGGUUUUCCAUCAAGCCACAAGAGAUGUCAUAAUCAAGGAAACACAGGCUCCAGCAUAUCUCAUAGAUCUGAUGCAUGAUAAAAAUAAUGAAAUCCGAAAAGUCUGUGAUAAUACAUUAGAUAUUAUAGCGGAAUAUGAUGAAGAAUGGGCCAAGAAAAUUCAGAGUGAGAAGUUUCGCUGGCAUAACUCUCAGUGGCUGGAGAUGGUAGAAAGUCGUCAGAUGGAUGAAAGUGAGCAGUACUUGUAUGGUGAUGAUCGAAUUGAGCCAUACAUCCAUGAGGGAGAUAUUCUCGAGAGACCUGACCUUUUCUACAGCUCAGAUGGAUUAGUUGCCUCUGAAGGAGCCAUGAGUCCAGAUUUCUUCAAUGAUUAUCACCUUCAAAAUGGAGAUGUAGUUGGGCAGCAUUCAUUUGCUGGCAGCCUUGGAAUGGAUGGCUUUGGCCAGUCUGUCGGCAUUCUUGGAUGCCCUGCCACGGCUUAUGGAUUCCGCCCUGAUGAACCUUACUACUAUGGCUGUGGGUCUCGGUAAAGUCAUCCCUCUCCCUGUGUGCUUCCAGUUGAGAAGGCAUCUGUGUGGGUUGGGUUAACUUUGAAUCUUGGCCUAAUAAUGCAUGUUGAUACUAUUUGCAGGUCUGUGUCUCUUUUUAAUAUUCCCUGUUGUUAGCUGCAGGUUAACUUCAACCCCUUCUGUCCUAUGUUAAGUACAGUUUAUGCUUGACCCUGUUCACUCAUCAAACCACAUCUCAAUGCUGAGUAACAUUUACCAUGAGACUCAAAAGUGAAUGCUGAAAAGCACCUAGACUGGAAAACAAACACUGCAUUAUGUACAUUAAUUGACUAAUUUAAUUUCUAUUAAAAAGAAGCAUAAAGUACAAAUGAAUUGGCAAAAA